UCAACGAAGUGACAAGAAAAUGUCAAAUUCUGGAGUAAAUGGCGGUUUCGCCAAAUGUUUUAUAUUGUUUAUGGCCUUAAUAAUAUUGCUUCAAGGUUGUUUAUAUUUGGGUCUUUCCGUAUGGGGCAUUACACUGAGAGAAUGUUCAAAAGAGACUACUGAUGUAUCGGCCGCACCGCUUAAAUUUGCCACAGAUUUAAUUUACUUCUUGAAUGAAGACUGUGGCAAUCCUUCCAUAACCACACCAUCGGUGGAAGAAUCAUUGACGAUACAUGUAAACUGGGGCGAAUCUGAUGAGGUUACAAAUCGAACCUUCAUAUUUAUGAUUGCCUAUGCAGCAAUUAGUGCUUUGUGGAUUGUUACCUCUUUGUUGGUGAUUACAACAAUUUGUGGGCCCGUAACAACAGUUGUAAAAGCAUUAUGCUUUUGGCCAUGGUUCUUAGUUAUUAUUGCCGGCAGUAUUUUGGAUGCAGUGGCUACUGGAUAUCAUGUACAUGAUAUUGUACACACAACUUCUGUCGAAAAUACUUUUACCUAUCUUGGACUAUCAACUGCCGAAGCAGCUAUGAAUAUUUUGAAACCGUUUUCCACCUACUUUGUAACACCUUCGAUAAUAAUGACCUGCAUUACUUCGAGAAUUGUGUUAAUUUGGUUAUUGAACAUUUUUGGAUCCAGUUUUUGCCUAUCUCUUUCCAGUGUUCUUUCAAAGAGGAAUUCUUCGACUAAGAGCAGCGUCACCAGUGCAAAUACAGCUAGUACACUUCCCAUUGCAACACCACAAGAAAGACAACCAUAUCGCGAAGCUCAAAUGAUGGCUGAGGAAAUACAACAGCAACAACGAUCCUCUACACCUACAGGACAACGAGAAUCAGAAUUAAUUCGACCAAAACCAUUAAUCAUUCAGAACCCUUCCAGCGUACAAAGACAAUCAUCGAUACCACCUCAGAACACAAGAGCCUAUGAACAGCAACAACAACCAUCUGCUCCUGUACAAUCUCCCAAAAUUUAUCCAUCCGUGAACGAACAAAUGACAUACCGCAACACAGAAACUCAUCCCGAUAGAUUGAAUUAUCCAACGCAACAACAGCAACAGUCUCAACCUCCACCCCAGCCUCAAACCCAACUCCCACCAUUGCAACUUCAACCACCAAAAACGCCUGUGAAUCAUGAACAACUCUCACCAAUAUCCCCCCUAAACCUACGUUAUUCUGUAGUAGGUGACAACUACUCACCGCAGUCUCAACAAAAUCAAAGAGUCAGUGAGGAAUUAAGAGGUCAAUUGCCUUGGUCCUACACCAGUAUUCCACCGCCUACACCAAAGAAACCACAAAUGCAAGUUUAUCCGGAAAUACCCGAACCCGAUUAUGGAAAUUAGUCAACCAACAAUAUAAAUUGUGUGAUAGAAAUAUAAUUUGUUUUUGUUCUUUUAUUGUUUCAU